AUGGUAACGUCAACUCCUUUGUCGUCGCUAUCCGAGUUCCGCGAAUAUCUCGAAAGCCGAAAACACAUCCUGUUGCCGCCCGGCGACGCAAUGCUGGCAGGUGAUUCGUUCAUAUUCCUGAUCGAGGACCUUUCGCCAAACUUGAUAGAGCUCGUUGGCAGCUACCUUUCCAUCGCUCCCGAGGUCUUCCUACAUUACACCAAAAGGGUCGCAUGGGAGCGGGCCGCGGUUCCACCGGCCCAGGACGUCGAGAACCGGACUCCUCCCAAACGCGAACCAGAGCUCGACUGUUUCGUAUUUCGCCCGUACAAGGCCAUCACAGAGCUCGCCGUCUCCGGCAAAUACCCGGCGUACAUCUGUGCGGUGCAAGAGCGUGCCACAUCGUACAUGUCGGGUCAGCAUUGCGAAACUAUCGACGCCAACGAUGGCUUGCGCAUCGCACUGCCCGAACUCCUCGCUCGUGCCAGGAUCCGACUUCUCACGCACACACUCGACUGGUGGGGCUGCAUCCUGUGGAAGAUGGGCCGCGCUUUAGAUGGGAUCGAUGCAUCACUGUCCGACCACUUCGUAGUCUCGCGCAGGUUGCCGGAGUGGCGGCGAUUGUGGUGUAACUGGCGGGGACUCCUCGCCGAUUUGGAAAGCACCGCUCAGCGCACGACAUCGUUGAUCGACACCCUCGCGAUCGGACCGGAAAGCGGCUACGACGAGCUGCGACAGCUCAAAAUAGGCCUCGCAGCGUGUGAGAAGGACCGCAAACGGCUGGAGCGGCGGGUCGAGUCGAGCUUCCAAGCGUUGAUGUCGACGAUGUCGAUCAUCGAAAGUCGUAACGCCGUGUCUCAAGGGGAAUCGAUCAGCAAGCUCACGGAGCUUGCAUUCAUCUUCAUACCACUAUCCUUUGCCACGUCGUUCUUUGGGAUGGAAAUCAAGGAAUGGGAGGCUACCAAGCCACAGCUAUGGCAGUUCUGGACCGUCUCGUGUGGGCUCCUGCUGGUUGCGUAUCUCAUUCGACUUACAAUACGCUCGACACGGUUUCAGGAUCCCCUCGGGAGGCUGAAACUCAGGGUCGCACAGGCGUCGGCCAUCCCCGAGGGCACUAAUAUUCCAUCGCGGGCAUGGUUCAAAUACGUGUCUAAGUCGGCAUUCCGCACGAUCGGAACUGCAUCAAGUCUGCAAGCACGCGGCUACAAAUGUUGAAUAGCGCCGGAGGACAUCUCGGGCUCUGGAGUGGUGAUAGGGGCCGGUCGCCGAAUGGCGAACCAUCAGCCAUGAUCUGGAUACAUGUAUAUAGAGGACAUACUGCUGUGACAAG